AUGUCCAAUCUGUGGCUCGACGACCUGUCCGAGGACUGGAUUCCCCAGCCGUCGCCGUCCGAUGCUUCCUCUGUGUCGUCGGCCUCGCACGAUUCCGUCCAGAUCAAAUCCCCCGCGCGCAGUCGCGUCCCGCGCCUGCGCUCUUCUCCCGACGCCCAAACCACCCCCAAGAGCGACAACUUCUCCAGGCCGCUUCCCGGCAAGCGCAAAGCUGCCCUCGCCGAACGCAGCCAGAGCGACAACAACAUCGCCCUUCCAACCAACUCGUCCGCCCCCGAAGACCAAGACGCCCCCGAUGACCCGCCCCCACCACCUGCCGACCGUUCCCCGUCUGCUUCCUCGUCCGACUCCGUAGUCCAGUACGGCACCGUCGAGCAAAAGGCCCCGCCGAACAAGGCAAACAAGUCCCACGACACGCCCGAGUGGAAGCGCCGUCUCAUACAGGGCAAGAUGGGUUACGGCGAGCAGCGCGACUUGUUUAGCCCCAUGGGCUUGGAAAACAUAUUCCAGAAGCCCCCAACCCAACGCGCGCCAGGAAGCAAGAAAAAAAGCAGACUUCCGCUGUUCAAAGACAUGAGCGCAUUGCCAUCGAGCCCACCGCCGUGGCCCACGGGCGAGGCGCACGCCAAAGACUCUGUCAUCGACGGCCAGACGCAGGAGAAGGCUUUUAGCCGCGCGCCAGACGGCACCGCGGACGGAUCAGAUGCGGAUGACUCCGCUGAGGAUAGCUUCGGGGAAUACGACAACGAUUCGGACGCUGGCUCGGUGGUACACAAUGGCUAUGACGCAAAAGCCGAAGCCGGCGAAGACACCUUUCAGCCGCAGAGCUUCCAUCAAACGGACGAGGCCCGAGCUUCGCACUUGCAUCCUGGACAUGAGCACGAAGAUGAAAAAUCAAGAGCUACAAGCGGACAGACGGACCUUGCCGACGAGACCUUCAGCCCAGUUUUCAUUUCCAAGCACAAUACGACGGAUGGUGGAGUCGACUACGCGGCGAUCGACCUCACCAAGUCGCAAUUGGCGCGCCUGCGGGACCAAAUAGGCGAGAAAGAAAGCCCCAACAAACCAGACUUUAAUGCCAGUCAAGGAUCGGACUCGUCUUCGUUCGCAAAGCUCCGCUCGGAGACACUGCCUGAAGAUCUUCUUGCAGGUACACCGGACCAGCUCUCGGUAGGCCAAUUCGUGAAUCUCAAGCGAGGUGGCUUCUCCGCGGAUGGAUCCUUCAUGCGGCGCCCAUUGAGCCCUUCACCACUUGGCCGGAAACUGUCAAGCUCAAAUGUCGAAGAGCCCACUCCGGUCAACCAUAAGAAUGAAACUGGACAGCCCAUUCCGCAAGUGUACAGGCCGCCGAGUGUAUUCAAGCAUAUCGAAGCUAUGUCCCGGCCCAUGAGCCCUCCGAUCUCACCGAAAACCCCAGCCCUUCGCCUGAAUUCUUCUUUCCUCAACCCUGACAGAAAUGCUUCGUUCCUCAGUCCGGACAGACCGACACCAUUAAAACUCUUCGGGGACCACGACACGUUCACUGCCGCAAGACUGCAUCGUAGGAUGAGCCAAUUGGAAGACACCAUACAGCUUCAGGAGAAUGCACAGGACAGCAAAAAAAGCAGCUUGGGUUCAUCACCUGCCAAACGAAACAUUGAAGGCCAGUCGCGACUCCCUUCCGUAGAGGAAGCAAGUUUUCAAAAGAACGAUGCCGCGGCCAACCUGAUUCCUGAGAUCCAUGAACCCAUACGAGAAUCUGCGGCUAGCUACUUUGGCCAAGGCGACCUUAAUGAGUAUCCCUUCCCGGAUGAUGAGUUUUCAUUUCCAUCAUCGAGGGACGCUUAUGAACAAGACUCGGGCCAUCAAGGUCCGCCUUCUCGGACUUCUUCUAAAGGAACUCCGCCAAAGUUUAUGUUCAGUGUCGACGACGGAGAGCAAAACACUACUACGCGUAUGAAAAGGAAACUUUCACGACAGUCUGUGAAAAGCUGGACAACCACUCUCUCCAACAAGAACUCGAUCAAGAUCCCGAAAUCCCCUAGGGUUGGCUCCAGGAACAGUGACUCCGCUAAGAAGGGGCAGCUUGACCUUCUGAACGUCACAGAAGUGUCUGAAGGGAAGCGACCACCAACGUCGCCCUUCAAGAAUCCGACACCGAAAAGGCGUCGGACCUUGCUCUCCAGCGAUUUGAUGGCUUAUUCGGAGCCCAUUCCGCAGCUUACACCAUCUUCCCCCGCGACUGUAGAAACCGACCCCAGCAAAAAACGUACACGUGUUCGCGAAGAAAACUUAAAGCACACCGCAGAACCAGACGUGCUUGCUCGCAGGACCAUACUUCGCCCUCGGAAUCCAACGCCAAGUCAACGCAGACGCGAGCAGAUUCAAGCUGAUAUACUGGAUGCCACUGACGCGUAUCUGAUGAGUACACCAAGAUUGCAUGCUAUUCAAGAACACCUUGAAAGCCCAACAUCCCGCGACAUCUCUACAGACGGCGAAAACGAAAGAGCUAUUGCUGGCGAGAUUGCUGCUUUCAGCAUCAGAUUAAAUAAGGGGAUGAGAGAUGAGGAGCGGAAGCGCUCGGUUACAACGCAAGACUUCUUGGAUGAAGCUCGGCUAAUUAUGGAUCAUAUACGCGCCAAAGGGCGACCUAAUAGCGCUUUGGAGAGUCUGACUGAGUCAAGCCCGCCGGGCACGCCGACCCGGUACAGGUCGCCGUUCACCCCUGGUAUACCAUCGUCGCAGUUUACCUUUUCGAGACCGCCAAGUCGUAGUGAUGGCGCUAGGAGUGGCUGGAGAAAUCCAGCGGCUCGAAGCCAUGACCAACGAGUAGUCAGCCAUCUACGCAAAUACAGAGAAAAGGAUGAAGAAGACUACACUCCAACUAGCUUGCGGUCAUUCAAAAUGCCCCAUGUGGAAGGUCACGAUGAAGACUCCUCAGACUUCUCUGACGAUCAAACCGAAAACAUCCGCAUCCUCACCAACAAGCUCACAAACCGGAACCGGAAUCAUGGACACUCUGUCGGACGUUCGAUUUCCAGACGUUCAGCCCCUGCAGACGACAUGUAUGAAUCACGACCUUCCACGAUGGCUUCUUCAAUGGGAAGGACCAACUAUACCACUUUUUCGCGACGGUCUGACAACGUUGCUACCUUGGCCCCCGAGGCCGUGGCGCAUCUCAUUCCUCAAGAGAUUGCGGGUAUGAGUUUUGAUCGUGAAAAGGGCAUCUGGGUGAAGAGAAGAAACGCACGAAAUGGCGCAGCGGCUGCGACUGAUAUCAGCAAUAUGACCAACAGCGAGGAUGAUCCCUUGAGGGGUAUCCCAGAUCUGACAAUCGACGAAGUCGAAGAGCUCAAGCGCAUGAGCCAAUACCCGCCAUCUCCAUCUCCACCAAAGAGGUCCUACCGUGAUGAAUGGUUCUCAACUGCUUCUACCACCAACUCCAAGCGCGGAGGUCCGACGAUAUCCGUAGUAGCUCCAUCGGACGAAUCGGCCCACACUACUAGACCCAGAACGCGGGACGAAGCAGAGCCUCCUCUGCCCGACCCUAGGAGUAGUACUACCGCUCCGUCCAAAUUCUCAACCAACUUCUCUUCGAGCGACAGCGAAACUGAGACUCGAGCGACGUCCUAUAGCGAGAAGUGCGCGGACCAUAUCAAACCCAGGUUAUUUCUUCAACCGGAGACCAUACCUGAGAUUCCGUCCUCACCAGCUGUGGAAUAUGAGUACGGCAUUUCCGAAGGCCGCAGUGCUAGUCAGCCUACUCCCAGUACACAGGGACGUAUAAAUGUUGACCAUACCUUUGCUUCUUCUCGCAACCCUCGACCGACUGCUACUGCACGUCAGAGCUAUAGCAGUGCCGAAGAUGCUAUGAACUACCCUGUCAUCGAACCCGGCAUGGAAGAUCAAUCGCAGUUCAACCCACAUGAACCCUCUGACGCCAGUACUCUCAAGCGAGGCCCGCCCAGCCAUUCUCACUCAGCUAACAACCAAAAUUUUCAACCUUCUGCAAACUCCAGCCGCCAAUUUACCCCGUUACAAGCCGAAGGCCACACUGAACUUUCUGUUGUCCAACAUCAAUCGGAACAAUCUCGCAGGGCAUUCCGCGUUAGCCUUGGGCCUGUAUCCCAGGGUGCGGCGCCUGCAUCUCCCAGCCAAUAUGCUUAUGCAGACGUCACUUUCAUGCUUUCAGAGCUCCCAGACUUCACAGUAAACCAAGUUGAUGAGCGCGAGCUUCCCAACCGCACUCUUGUUAAGCGUCAUGUUGGCGGUAACUCGAUCAUCAACGGCAAUGAAGACCGAUUUGGUAACGGCACUAUGGAGCUCGUCAAGGCAUUGCAAGACGUCCGAUCUCGGGAGCCGUUCUGGGAAGAUAUGCGGAAAGUUGAAUUAAAGGACAAAGGACUGCCAACGCUCCAUAGGCUCGAUGAGAUGUGCUACCGCCUCCAGGAGCUGGACGUCAGUGACAAUCAUAUUGCGCAACUGGCAGGAGCGCCGCCAUCCAUCAGGAGGUUGAACGUUAGCGGUAAUUGCUUGACGAGCCUGACCGCCUGGGGCCAUUUGAUGAACCUCCAAUACUUGGACAUCAGCGGAAACCAGAUUGAGAGCUUGAAGGGAUUUUCAGGGCUCAUACAUCUCAGAGAACUCAGGGCGGACAACAAUCAGAUAGAGGGUCUGGAGGGUCUAUUAGGUCUGGACGGACUUAUUAAGUUGAGUCUCAAGAAUAACAGGAUCAGAAAAGCGGACUUCGAGGGCGCUGAACUGGACCGGCUUACGGAUCUCGAUCUCUCUGCAAACGAGGUUGCUAGUGUGCGCAACCUGUCGUCUCUGCCAUCACUACAGCGUCUAAACUUGGAUGAAAAUGAGCUAGCCCGGUUUCCCUCGCAGAGUACCAUAUCUCUCCGAGUGUCAAAAAUUCAGAAGCUCUCUCUGCGUCAGAACAGGUUAGAGAGCGUCGACCUCCGCCAUUUUCCUGCACUGGUCUCACUGGAUCUCGACUCGAAUUGUCUCUCAUCAAUUUCUGGCAUUGGGGGUCUGCACAGUCUUCGAGCACUCUCUGCCAGAGACCAGCGGAUUCAAGGCCCCUUCGAUGUUUCAUCUUUCCUCGCAAACGCUGACAUUCACGAGCUCUACUUAUCCUCCAACACUAUUACUACAUUCACCCUUCCGCAUUCAUUCCUCAAUCUUCAUUGUCUGGAGCUUGCAUCAUGCGGUUUGCAAACCCUUCCGGAGAAGUUCGGUCAACUCGCGCCAAACGUGCGCUACCUUAAUCUCAAUUUCAAUGCUCUGAAGGACUUACGCCCGGUUCUCAACGUUAAGAAGCUUGAUGCCUUGCUGCUUGCAGGCAACAGAUUGGCACGGCUUCGGCGCAAUUUGUUGGUCCUUGCCAAGGUGGCUUCGCUUUCGCGUAUCGACUUGAGAGACAACCCUUUCAGCGUAGGGUUCUACCCACCGCUAUCCAAGGUCACUGCGGUGACUGCGCGAUCCCAGGAAUUUGACGACAACGAUUUGGAAGGUCAGGAGCCGAACGCUCUGCCAAAUGCAGUCAAGACCAAAGACGUGCAGUACAUGUCGAGGUUGGACGAAGACACUAAGAUGAGAAGGAGAGUAUACGAGUUGCUGCUCGGGCACAGCUGCAAAGGGUUACAGCAAUUAGACGGGCUGGAGUUCAGCCGCAAGGACGCGUUGUCGAAAGACAAGUGCUGGGAUAGGCUGGUGACAUUAGGGGUGAUCAAAAAAUCGAGCAAAGGAAAAGAAAUGGAGAAAGUCGGGGGUGCUGCCAUGAAGGGGACGAAGGCAGGUAACGAGUGA